AUGAAGCUUCAAUGGAAGACACCUACUAAAAAGAUUUAUGAUUCUUCAGAUUUAAAGAAUCUUCAUAAAUCAAUUGCCAUUCAUAAAUUACAAAGUCAUUUAGAUUUCAUAUGUGAAAGAGUACAAGGAUGCAAGAUACCCAAUGAUAUAUUGAAUAUGGACAUUGUAACAAGACAUCCUAGGAAUAUACUGUACAUUGCUCCUCCCCCAUUAGUUGAGAGCUUCGACAAAGAAUCUUCACUUGAACUUAGCAAUAACGUACGUGGAAUAACCAAAAUAUUUGAUAGUUUGAAUAAAUUGAUUGAUGAAACUCCUCCAGUAGUUGGACCAACUAGAUUUGGAAAUAUUGCAUGUAGAUCAUGGCAUGAUAAAAUAGAACCACAACUAAACACCUUAAUAAAGCAAAGCCUCCAAUUCCCGAAGUCAUUAGAUACCGAUGGCUUCUUAUCUGAAUCAACUUACUAUCUUCAAAACGCAUUUGGAUCCAAGAUUAGGCUAGACUAUGGUACUGGCCACGAAUUAUCAUUCCUCGCAUUUGUGGGAUCCUUGCUCGAGUUCAAAAUCAUCGUUGACCCCAAAGGUCAAGAGGUCUUGAUAAUGUUUGCGAAAUACUACGAUCUAGUCCGGAGAUUAAUCGUCGAAUAUAACCUAGAACCAGCCGGGUCUCAUGGCGUUUGGGGAUUAGAUGAUCAUUUUCAUUUAAUAUAUAUUCUUGGAGCAUCACAGUUCGUCACAGAUAAAUUAGCCCCCGUUGUUUCAAGGGCCCUAUCUCAUCAAGUAAUCAAUUCUCAUAAGAUGGAUAAUUUAUAUAUCAAUGCUGUAUCAUUUAUAUUCAAAUUGAAGAAAGGACCCUUUAAUGAACAUUCCCCGAUUAUUUAUGAUAUCCACAACAGCGUGUUGCUGUGGGUGAAAGUAAGACAAGGAUUGUUAAAGAUGUAUCAAGUGGAAGUAUUAAAUAAAUUCCCCGUGGUUCAACAUUUCUGGUUUGGUGAAGUGUUGUACCCUUGGAAAGACGCCAAGACUAACGAACCCCUACCAGUAUUUCAAAAAGAAGAAACGCACACUGCCCUGGAGAUUCCAACAAAGAUUCCAAGUCGAUCUACAGGUACCGCAGCAUCAUCGAGAGCAGGUAUCCCGAUGACAGCGGCUCCUUGGGCUAAUCAAUCGAGAGGACUUCCCCCAAAUAUUCCUCAAACUGGUUGGCCAUCACGCAAAUAG